AUGGCGGAUAGUGUUCCAUUACAACGACACACUAAGAUAGACGUCACAUGGUUAGAUCACGUGGUACACCACAACCUCACCAACACACACUAUCCCCCACGCGGAGACACGCCCCUGAUUAUCGCCUCUCAAGCCAGACGUGUACAGGCAGUGGUGGUGCUGCUCAGUAAUGGUGCGAACGUCAAUAAGACCAACGACAACCAGGACACUGCGCUGGCUAUCGCGGCUGGUCAAGGAUACGACGAUAUUGUGGAGAUUUUGUUAGAUAACGGCGCAAAGACUGACCUUUUGAAUACUGACCACUGGUCAGUUUUGAUGCACGCUGUCGUUAGUGGAGAUAUGCGAACGCUAGAAUUGCUGCUCAAGAAAUGUGAUGUCGAGGCUAAAGAUAGAGCUGGGUUAACACCGUUACUUAUAGCAGCUAAACAUGGACACACUAACGCCGCUAAAAAGUUGUAUGAUGCUAAAGCAGACCCUAAUGCUACGUGUAAUCUAGGUAAAACUGCUCUGAUGUACGCUAUAGGUACUGGAGAUUUUGAUUUAGUGUACGAGAUGGUGAGGAUGGGGUGUGACGUCAACGCUAAAGACAAAUGCGGGUGUACAGCAAUGAUGUACGCAGUGGAGAUGGGCAACAAACAAAUCACUGAGAUGUUACGAGAGAAAGUUUUAAGAGACAACCCAAACGAUGAAUGUGUGUGUCAAGCUAUUCGAUUGGCUAACUCGUUUCUGAAGAAGAAAACAAGGAAAAGACGAAGAAAAAAACGACAAUGCAAGUCAGAAGAUACAGUAGCGUCAAAUGAGAAGUCACUGGUUGCAUACAAAGGUCAAGGGGAAAUCCCCACAUUCAAAUGUUACCAGCCUGUAGUAGAGACCAACAUGUUUGAGAAACUUUUUCAAAUGCUGAAGGUCUGUUGGGAUAAAGAAGUGAUUAAUAUGAUCUCCGGAAUCACAACAAGGAAAACAGAUUUAAAUCUGGUCAUUAAUUUCACCCACAACAUUGAGUCAGCAAAGAUUGUAAAUUUAGGUGGUGAGGUUUAUAGUAACUGUGACUUCAACACACUACCAAAGGCGCUAGCUAUUGCUGGGAUUGAAGCAAACGGAUACACAUCUUCAACUCAAGACUCCACACCUAGCUUUGAUGUCAAGCAAUUUCAAAACUAUUUGCUGUGUAAAGUUAGUAUUGCAAUACAAGCAUAUUUUACACCAAGUGACAAUGUAAACACAUCAUGAAUUUUUUUUUUUAAAUAGGUUAUAAUUUUCAGUUUGAUUUUAUUUAUAUAUUUAGUAUUUAGUAUAAUUUUAUUUCUAUCGUAUCAUUCAAUUAAUUGAAAAUUCAAUAUUUUCUUUUCCCAUUUUGUAAGUCACUAACUAUUUUUAUUUAGCAAAUACAUAACUGAGAUGAAAAUUUUAUAUAUCUGACUAUCGUAGCCAUAUAUUUGUGUUAUUUUAAGCUACGUUCUAUACUACGAUGGUGUUGCUUAGUAUAUUGUUUUUGGGAAUGGAUAUGUAGUAAACUGUUUUUAUAUCCGUGAACACAGUUGAUGUAAUUUAGUUACUAUUUAAAAAACUACCAAACUAAUUUGCUUGACUUGAAACAUAUAUUUUCCUUACUUGACUCAUAUUUGAUUUUAUAUACAGCCCAAACCGUGAUUGUCAAAUAAAAUUCUACCAUCAGUACUAUGCUAUUUUAAUUUUCUGUUCAAUUAUCAUUUGGAUAUUUUGUUGAUAUUCUGAACUACUGAAAACCUGAAUACAUUUAAUCUUUAACCUGAUCGUUGUGAGCAGGUGGUGGUGUAACAGCUGUUUGCUCUCUAGCUGUUUGCUAUGCAACCUGUAUGUGUAACAGCUGUUUGCUGUUUAUUAUGUAACCAGUAUGUGUGUAACAGCUGUUUCCUAUGUAGCCAGUAUGUGUUUUAAGUUUGUCUGAUUGUGGUGGAAGGGGAAAGAUACGGAGAACAUUAUGUCAAUUUUGUCGAUUUCAUUUCGCAGCAUGACAAAAAUUUUGUCUUGUUUUAAUAUCAUCAUGUUACGGAAUCAUUUCACCAAAUUCGAGACAGUUGAAAUAAAUGAUGGCUCAACACAAAACAAACUGAUUCAAUUUACACAUUACCGCAAUGAGAAUAUAAUACGCGGCAUAGAAAAUACUGUUGUCGGCUUGCUCAUAAUGUAGAUAAUAAUAUUUAUUAAUUUUUUCCAGAUUUUUUGGGGAAAACUUUUGAGUAUAAAAUUAUUACAUAUUUAAUUAAUUACCUUUAUUUUGAAAGUUAAGGCCAUGUUCGUGUCCUACAUAAUAUAAGCUUACAUUGAUAACAUAGCAGUGAUUAAUUAAACUCAAUAACAAUAUGAGGUUAAUUGUGUUUGAGACUAGUUAUGUCCUUAAUUUAAUUAAUUUACAUCUAUUGUAGUAGGGUAGUUGCAUUGUUAAUUUUUACUAUAUAGCUGUGAUUUUUUCAAUUCUAGGUAAAUAGUGUUAUUAUUCCACUUAACUUUGGUCAUAAUUUAUUUUUUUCAUUUGUUACACAACGUAUAUUAUUUAUUGUAUAUUUUGUUUUUAAAUUAUUUUAACUUUAAUUUUUUUAACAAUAGA